AUGAACGAAUGGACAAGAGACUAUAAUGGCUCGUACGGAACAAGCGCAAACUCAUCCAAUGUGAGUGCGAGCGGAAGCCCAUUCCGGCAUUCAUCCUCAUCACUUGCACAUCCUGGAACGCCAAAUAAAGUCAGAACGGAAAGCAAUGCAAGUAGUAGCAGCAAUGCACCUGGUGAAUCUCUCAUCUCUUUCAAUGCAAAAUCCAUAGGCGGACUCACUUCGGCACUUGCAAGGGCUAAUUUGACAUCUUUUGAUCAACAUGCUGUUCAAAUGGCUGCUACUUCUUCUCGUGAAAGUAGUGCUGCUCAUUCAGCCCGAAGCUUUAGUAAUGCUGCAUCCGAUCUUAACAAUAUGAAUACCAGACCGCCUUUCAUUCGACAAUCGUUUUCAGAUGGCGCUCCGAUCGGAGUUGCACAGACAUAUCUUGGUGGACAACCACAACAAAGAACACCGUCUGGUACAGGAGAUCAAAUCAAUGUUCCCGUAUCUCUACCAACUACGGGACCUCUAUCAGCUUCUGAUCCAAGAACGCAACUGUAUAUUUCAAAUUUACCAUACAGGGUUCGAUGGCAAGAUUUAAAAGAUCUCUUCCGACGUGCCGGUACAGUGUUACGUGCUGACGUCAGCUUGACUGCAGACAAUCGAUCGAGAGGUUUUGGUACGGUAUUAUUGGCAACUGAAGAUGAUGCAUGUCGAGCGUGCGAUAUGUUCAAAGGUUUCAAUUGGCAGGGACGAACGCUCGACGUCAAGAUUGAUCGAAGCGGAACGCUUUUGGGCGUCGGAGUUGGACAAGCAGAUCAAAUGAAUGCUUUGUCAGGAAAUUUGCAUUUGAAUGAAAGUAGUGAUUCACUAGGAGUGGCACCUCAUUCACCUUUACCACAACCGGGUAAUGGUCUAAUGGGCAAUUUGGGAAAUGCUUCACCCACACCAUCACCUCUUGGCAAUAAUUCGACAGGUUCAGCUUAUGGCCUUAGCCCUUCAAUGAAUGCUAUUCAUGCUAGUCCGUUGAUGCGUGCUGUACCUUCACAGCAGCAGCAAUAUGGAAUGCAACCUCAGGCAGCCAAUCUGGCUCAGCCUGGAUCGGGUAACUUGCAUGCGGGCCUUUCACCUGCCUUGUUGCCCUUCUUAGGCUCUUCAUCCCGAUCCUCGAUCCCAUCGCCAUCGCAAAAUAGUAUGUCUUUCAAUCCACAGCAAAAUUUAACGCCAUGGUUAAAUCAAAAUGCCGCUCAAACAUACUUGCAGCAACAAAGGUCUGCAUCAAUCAGCGCAGGCAUGUCAGGCACAAUGAAUUACGGUAAUCAAAUGAUGAGCAUGUCCGGUAGUCCUUCUUUCCUCAAUGGGAAUGCGGCUAUGAUGCAGUCAGGUCAGUCAUCACCUUUCUAUGGGCAGCAGAAUAUGAAUGCUAGGAUGAUGAAUCCAAUAUCACCUGCACUACAUGGAAAUAGAGCUGCGAAUCAAUCGAUGGCAUUGCCACAACCUCCUCUCAAUCUGAUGCCAGGUAAUAACUCGACCUAUUUUGGACGUGUUCUGUUUGUUGGAAAUCUUCCAUUCCAUUGUCAAUGGCAAGACUUGAAGGAUCUUUUCCGUGCAGCAGGCAACAUUCAACGUGCAGAUGUGGCUUUGACCGCUGAAGGGAAGAGUAGAGGAUUUGGUACAGUUCUGUUUGCUUCUCCUGAAGAUGCCCAGAAUGCAGUUCGAAUUUAUCAUGGAUAUGAGUACAGCGGAAGAACGUUGAAAGUGCACUUUGAUCGAUUUGCACAAGCGACUGCCCCGCCUUCGGGAGCAUUGCCUGCAUCUCCAUCUCAGUAUACCGGUGCAUUUGCUGCUGCAAAUACGCCCAUGCCUGUCUCCAACGCAGCUUCACAGCAAGUCCCUCAGCAAAAGGCACAACAAAUGCAACUACCACCACCGCCACACCAACAGCAGCAGCAGCAGCAGCAGCAGAGGUCACCGUACUUUUCUCAGCAAUUCCAACCCACUUCACAAGGAUACGACUCAUCAAUUUCUCAUCAAGAUUCUAUUGGUGGCUUACAGGCAAAUGCUGGGCAAACUUCAAUGCAACAAGGAUCAGACAAUCAAGGAUCUUAUCUUUCUGGUGGUGCACAAUUCAAAGAUCCACAGCAAUCCAUCCAAGACUCCUCCUUUGGUGCUCAAGCUAUCAAGAACAAUAGCCCAUUCCCUAGCAUGUUUAGUAUACCAAACACACAAGCCAACUUCAAUACUACAACAUCUGUCAGUUCUUCGACGAAUUUGGCAGGCUCCAAUGAUGGCGAUCAAAGUGAAGUAGGACAGGAUGUGUCAGAUACGACGUCAAUCUCUGUCCAUAGAGAUGGUUUAGAUGGUCAAAAGUCUUCUAAUUCUUCAAGUCAACAAGAGAAGACGGAGAGUCGAUCAGAUGAGCAAAGCAAAGGUUUUUCAGCAAACAGCAAUCAAAGCAAACAAGAAAAAAGCACUGCAAAUGGCAAUACUCAACAGAGCUCUCAAAGCAGACGGCCAUCUCGCGCUCCCGUUGGCUCUGGUGCUCAUCCUGGUCGUAUUGCCUUGCCACCUCAGGCUUUCCCAGUACCGAAUACUGUUUUACCACCUUACAGUCCUAUGCAUCAUCGUAUCAGCGUGCCCAUGACACCUGGUAUGCCGGGUUUCACCUUCCAUGCCGUUCCAGAAACGCCUCCUGUACAUCAUCAAUUCUUGAGUCCAGGAUUGGGUGGACCUUUCUCCCCUCCUCUUGCAAGUCCAACAUAUCUUGGACCUGCAACGCCCGGAGCACCUGCAAUUCGACCUUUUGGCGGUCAUGGCACGAUUGGCAAUAUCAAUCCAGCUCCUGGUGCACCUAUUCACUUUAAUAAUGGCGCUUCUACACCUAUGGCUGGAAUGAUGCAAACUUUGCAUAAUCAACAAAACUUCAAUCCAAUGUUCCCACCGAUCGGUAUGAGUUAUCAACAACCUCAAAUGAUGCCUGCAAAUCAGUAUACAGGAGGAUCAGACUUACCGCAAACGCCUCAUUGGAGUCAGCCUAGACCGCCACCGCCACAGAAUGCAUCAUUCAAUAUGAAUAACCAACAUCAAACAUCUCAGCGAAAUCCACCUUCUAUGACCAAUGUGAGACAACAGGAUUUCGCAAAGAGAGAUGGUGAAAGGGCAAGUAUUGGUAAGGGUGAUGGAGAAAAUGUGACUGGUGAUGUACUUUCAGCAUCAUCAAACAAUGCUAGAGGGUACCCAUUUCCUUUGUUGGAGACAGCAUCUUCUCAAUCAAUUGAAUCAAAUGCAGGUGCAGCAGAUGAAUCGAUCAAUGCAAACAGCUUGCUUGAUGGAAGCAAGGCAAACGGUGGCCCUACUCAAAGUGUUGGAACCAAUUUGGAUUUGCGUGAUAUUCAAGCAUCUACAGGAGCGUCCAAUACAGAAGAAUUGGCACGAAAGAUUGCACAAAUGAGCGCACAAAAAGCGUUACGAAUGCAACAGAGAGACCGUGUGGGCAGUAGUAGCGCAGCUUUACCGUCAGCAUCUCAAUCUGGUAGAGAAUCCCAAAAACACAUGCCAACAAAGCUUUCUCUUGAAAGUGUGGAAAAGACAGCCAGUAGAAGAUCGUUACCAGAAAUGGAAAGCGCUGGAGUGAAUUUGAAAGAAGGAAAAGAAGAUUUGGGUCAAGAUUAUAGCUUGUUUGCUGCUAUGAGUGGAAGCGCUUUGGAUGAUAGUACGAUCGGAAAGAUGUUUGGCUCAUCCACAGGUGGCUCAGGCUUUGGUGGCUUUGGCCAGCAAAAUAAUCAACAAACAGGUCAAACUGGUGGUUUGUUUGGUCAAUCUCAACCUGCUCAAACCAAUACACCUUCUUUUGGCGGUUUCGGGUCUGCUCAACCUCAACAGAUGCCCGCUUUUGGAUCCAGUACUACCAAUACAGGCGGAGGAGGAUUGUUCGGUCAAUCGCAACAACAACCUUCUUCUGGUUUCUCAUUUGGUCAAAAUACCAAUACUCCUACCCAACCAUUUGGACAAACUGCUCAAAAUAAUCAACCAAAGCCUGCAGGAUUUGGCGGUUUCGGUGCUUCUACCACUGGAGCUUCAUCUGGCUUUGGAGGAUUUGGAGCCAGCCAAACCCAACAACCUGCUUUUGGAUCUUCUACAAGUGGAACAAAUGCUUUCGGUGCGAAGCCUGCAGGUGGUCUGUUCGGUCAACAGCCACAACAAGCUGGCGCUUUUGGUCAACCUGCUUCAACUGGUGGUUUGUUUGGCGGUGGUGGUAAUAAUCUUUCUGCACAACAAACUGGUGGUAUGCCAACACAAGGAACAUCCAAUCCUCAGUAUCAACCUUUUAUAAACAAUGAAAAAGACGCAAACGGUACAAGUUCGACCAAUUAUCAGUACAACACUAUCACAUGUUUGCCUGCCUAUCGUGCCGCAUCAGUGGAAGAAUUACGAUUGCAAGAUUACCAGCAAGGAAGAAAAACUGGCAAUGCUGGCCCCAGCACGGGUGGCUUCGGACAACCUGCUGCUACAAAUGCAUUUGGAGCAGGUAGCACUGGAGGCUCAUUGUUUGGCGGACAGGCUCAACAAUCUACUGGUGGUUUUGGCUCAAGUACAACUGGAGGAGGCUUGUUUGGUCAGAAUAAUCAACAGCCCCAACAACAAUCCGGUGGCCUCUUUGGCUCUUCUACAAAUACCAAUACAACCGGAGGAGGUUUAUUUGGCCAACCUGCUCAGCAACAAAGUGGUGGUGGCCUUUUCGGUCAAAAUAAUCAACAACAGCAACAAGGCUCAACAGGUUUCACUUUUGGACAAAGCCAGCCUGCCAACAACACAGCAUCGUCUGGGUUCACAUUUGGACAGAACAAUCAACAGCAAAAUAAGCCUGGAGGUCUGUUUGGAGGUGGUAGUACGGGCGGAUUUGGCUCAUCAACAACACAACCUGCUUCGUCUGGCUUUUCUUUUGGUGGUAACACUGCUGCUCAGCAGCCACAAACGGGUGGAUUCGGUCAACCAGCAGCAUCAUCGGGAGGUUUCGGAUUUGGUGCUUCGACAACGGCAAAUCAGUCUAAGCCAGGCGGUCUGUUCGGAGCUACUACGACAGCUCCAUCAUCUGGCGGAUUUGGUGCAACAUCAACUUCUACUGCUACGGAUGCAAACAAGCCCGCCUUUUCCUUCGGAGGAGGAGCAGGUGGCUUUGGCUCGACAUCUGCGGCGCCUGGACAAACGACCACUGCGGCACCGACAGGUGGAUUAUUUGGCAAUCAACAAAACACAACAGCAGGUCAACCUUCUACAGGAUUCUCAUUCGGUGCUGCUGGUGCAAACAAUAAUCAAAGUGGGUUAGGUGGAGGUACAAAUUCGUCCUUCUCUUUCGGUGGUACUCAGCCACAACAACAAGGAGCUACGUCAACAGGAUUUGGCAGCAACACUUCCCUUUUCGGUCAGAAUAAGCCUGCAACAGGAGGUCUUUUUGGCUCCACGCAACCGCAACAACAGCAAACAGGAGCGUUCAGCUUCGGAGGAGCCAACAAUGCCACUUCAGGCCAAACAGCUGGAGGAGGAUUGUUCGGUGCAGGAGCAAAGCCGGCAACAGGUGGUCUAUUCGGAAGCAGUACAACUGGUGCAGCUCAACCGGGACAGGGAGCUGGCUUGUUUGGAAGUAGUACACUUGGAGGAGGUCAACAAGCUGCUGGUGCGACUGGAGGUCUCUUUGGCUCUGGCCAAAAUACUUCCGGCGGCCUGUUUGGAAACAAUCAAAAUACAAACGCUGCUUCUGGUACUGGUGGCCUUUUCGGUGGCUCAUCAACACUAGGUGGAGGAAAUUCUUUCGGCGGUGCUCAAUCAACCGGAUCACUAUUCGGUCAAUCACAAAUGAAUCAAUCUGCUGGCGCAAACUUGCAAACUAGCUUGAAUGCUAAUCCCUACGGUACCGAUUCGUUGUUUGGAGGUGCAGCUGCUUCUCUUACAGGCUCUUUGUCAUCUAAUCCAGAUGCUAGGGCAGGUCUAUCGAACAGUCAGGCCAUGCUUCCUUUCAAUGUAGCAAAGCCAUCUGUCAAGAAGCAACCUCCUCUCGUUCCUCCUUUCCGUCCAAGUCCUCGUGCAUCCACCCGAAUCACCAAACUACGUGGAUCGACUCCUGGCGCUGGAUUCCGAGAAAGUACUCCAGUUCGAGAAGGAACGCCAUCUCUAUUUGCAUCUGCAAAUGCAACAAGCCGUCCAAUCUCAAGUCCUUCAGCUGGCUCGCAUCUGUUCCGCGGAUUGAGCGAUGAUGUUGCAAGAUCGCAACGUGAAGCAUCUGUACCAACAUCCUUGCCAUCGCAGGCUUUCGUCGGCAGAUCAAGCGUGAAGAGAUUAGUGCUGGACGAUCAAACGAACAAGAGUGUAAACGCAUCCAACUUACUUGGCCGUUCGCGAUCUUUGUUUGGUGGAGUUCGUGGAUCAAGCGCUGCACCCGAGCAAACCAGUACCACUCCAUCUCACUCGCUCUUUGAUAGAUCAGCAACUGCUGCCGCAUCCCCAAGACCGAUCUCAUUCAGUCCAGCUUUGGAAACUGCAGCCGUAUCAAGAUCUCGUCCUGCCAACGGAAAUAUCACGUCUGAUCUGGCUGAUGAAAGCAGUUUCGCUCAAAGUCGCAGUAUUGGUGGUUAUGCUGAUUCACCAAGUAAGGGUGUAGAGAAGGGAUAUGAUGAAAGCUUGUCCUCAUUGCAUGCUGGCCCAACGAGUGCCAAGAGUGCAAAGGCGAACAAAGAAGACAUUCUGUUGCCCUUGGAUUAUUACACCGUCCCGACGUUGUCUGAGCUUCGGGAAUGGUCUCACGCAGAAUUACGCUCUGUUGAAAGCUUUGUUGUAGGUCGAAAGGGAUUCGGAGCUGUGGAAUUUAUUGAGCCAGUCGAUCUGACAACGGUUGGAGAAUUGAACAAUAUUCCUGGAGGCCUUGUCCAAUUACGCAGGAAGGAAUGUUUCGUAUAUCCAGACGAAGAAGACUGCUUCGAUCCUGAGACAGGAAACGAGCGAGAUGGUGUACAACCUGGCUUUGAUCCUAAACGUGUUCCAGGAGGUGGCAAGGCUUCACGCGGGGAAGGUUUGAAUGUACCAGCUUUCGUCAAUCUGGAAGGUUGCUGGCCCUUGGAUCGAAGCAACAGACAACCUAUCAAGGAUAUUGACCAUCCUCGUGUGAAGCAAAUGGUCAACAAAUUACGUAGAAGAUCGGACUUAGAGUUCAAAAAUUAUGAGCCAGUAUCUGGUACUUGGACCUUUAAAGUAGAACACUUUAGCCGAUAUGGUCUUGAUGGUGAAGACGAAGAUGAGGAGAAAGAAGCAGGAACUCAAAAAGAAAAGAGGGAUGAAUCAAAAGGCAAGACGGCUGCUGCCAAAGCAGGCCCAAGAGAAGAAAAAAGUCGCGAGAAAGACGAUGACGAAGAGAUGAUCAAUGUUACCAAAGAUCGUCUUCCGAGAGCUUCCCGAUCUGCAACACCUAAUGUGCAACAGCCUCCUUCCAAGACUGGCUCACAGCCAUGGGCAGCCACUUUGGGACUAGAGGCACGAAGAAUGCAGGUGAUGCAAGCGUCUUUCUUUGGUGGUACGACCGAACAGCCAAAAGAAGUUACCUCACCUGCAAAGACUGUCAAAGGCAAAGUAGGUCGCCCGGCCAGCCAAAGUGUUGAACCACAACCGACAAAUAAUGCUUCUCGCAGUACUUUUAGUACGCCCAUGAAAGUUGACGCUCUGCCAUCAAAGGAUACCUCGAAGACUGUUCAAGAGCCAUCUCAAACAAUCAACAUCGAAUUGGCACCUCCAUUGACAGUGCGACCUCGAAAGAUUACGAAAUUGGCCGUCGACAAGUCUAUUGCAGACGAUGGCCACGAGGCUGUACUGGAUGCAGGUUUAGCAAUGGGCCGCAGUUUUCGUGUUGGAUGGGGUCCUCAUGGUACUUUUGUACAUCGGUCAAAAGUGAUUGAUACAAGAUUCAAUGAUGCCAAUGACGCUCAACCUGAGAGCCUUUCCGUGGUGAAGAUGGGUAAAUUGCAAAUAUUCAAGCCUGGAGAAGAGAAAGGAGAAUCCGAGACUAUCGUUGAGAUGCUCAAAGUACAAUUGGAAAAUUCAAUCAUUGAAUCAGAGGCAGAUCCACUUGUGCAAAACGAAGAAGAGGAAGAUUCUUUGCCUUGUCCAAUCGCAUAUCCAAACCCCGAUCUACGGUUUAAACACUUUCUUGCCUCUCGAAAUACAGCGACGACAGAUCAUGAUACUCUUCAAAAACGAUUCGAAUCUGCCAUCUUUCGUCUUGGAUCUGCUUUAUUCGACGAAAUCGAUUUAAAGCUUUCGCAAGAUGCAGAUGAAUCUUUGAAGAUGCAUGCAUUGCGAAUGAGAAGAAAGCAUGCUUUGUCUGAAUGGAUUCGUUGGUAUGUCGAGCAUUCGAUUCGUGCCGAGGUUCGAACGCAAAUCGCUUCGCCUAAUCGUCAAAGCGGAGAAAAGAUCGUCUUUAGCCUUUUGAGUGGGGGAUAUUUUGAAGAAGCAUGUAAGCAAGCAUUGGAAAUAGGCAACGUUCGAUUGGCAACUCUUCUGGCUCAGGUGAACGGAGGCGGAAAUGAUGAUGAAUUUCGCCUGGAUGUAUUGGACCAAUUGAGCAUUUGGCGUGCAGCCGGAGCUGAUGCGUUCAUCUCAACCGAGUACAGAAAGAUUCUUGAAAUCUUGAGUGGAAAUGUUUUAAUCGGCAAGGGCAACGGCAAGCGAACCGAAACAGGGGAACGUGUGGAAGAUAUUGGCAUCUCUGCAGGACUUGACUGGGUACGCACUUUUGCCUUGUUCCUUCAUUAUGAUGCACACUUUGAAGAUAGUAUCGACGAUUCAAUUUUGUCGUACGAAUCAUGCGUUGGGAAAGGAUUGAACGAUCAUCUGAUUGUGCCACCCUUACCUCCUUAUUUGGAGAGAGAUGUGAAAGCUGGUUCAAAGCAGCUUCGUGAUCUCGUUCGCGAUCCACGUUCAUAUCCAAAAGAUAUUCUCUUUGGACUGCUGAAGAUCUAUUCGCAAUCUGAUUUUCCUCUUGAAGGAGUAUUGGAUCCACAUCAGUACGGCUCAAGCCCGUUGAACUUCAGCAUCGCCUUUCACGUCUCCCAAUUGUUAUCAAGAGUGUUGGGUAUUCGCGAUUUCAGUGAUCGUAUCGAUUUGGGAGUAGAGGGAGAGGCAAUCGCAAAAGAGUUCAAUUGGCGAGGAAAUAGCGCUAGUCAUGACAAUCUAUGUGUUCAUUUUGCCAUGCAACUUGAAUCGAUGAAUCAUUGGACUUGGGCAGCCUUCGUGCUUUUGCAUUUAGAAAUGCCGCAAAGUAGAAAGGAAAACAUUGUUUCUCUUUUGUCCCGAAACGUGGAUCGAUUUGGUCAAAUGGGAAAAGAUGUUAUUCAUACCAGCGAACGAUCAAAGACAGAGAUUGAAACUUCAGAUGAUGUCAAAUUCAUCACAGAGAGACUACGAAUUCCCAUCGAAUGGAUCUAUGAAGCUUUGGCAAAUGCAGCAGCAAAUGAUAAAGACCGAUUUGUGCAAUUCAAACUUCUUUUGCGUGCUAGAUUAUUUAGCAAAGCCCAUUCGGUUGCAGUCAUUUAUUUGGCACCUGAAGGUAUCAUUCGUCAUGAUUUCACAUUAAUCAUGGAGCUGUUCACGCCUUUCCGCAAGAGUGCUAUCAAUGCUACAAAGCAUCUUCGGGAUGAAUUUGAAGAGGAAGAAAAUCAACAAGAUGCUGGUGAUCAAAUCGACGUUUCCGGCUGGCAAGCAGGUGGACAGACAUUCUUGGAUUACAUUGCUAUUUGUCGAUCUUUGCCUUGGUUGGUGGGCACCCAUGCGGCAAAUGUAGUGAACGCAAUGGAAUCAAUCUUUCCGGGAGAACGAAAUGAAGAAAUCGAUUUGCGAGAAGCGUUGCAGGCCAUUUCAUCCUCUUUCGGUUCGGAAACUGCUGAUGCGAUCCGCAAGAUUGACAGGAUUGCUUCAAGAAUCCCAAAUCUUCUGCAAAGGAUUGAUGAAUUGUUUGACAGUUUCAUUGGAGCAAAAGGCGAUCAAACAACCAUCAUGGUAGCACGGAAGCAGAUGGUUCAAAGUGUGCAUAAUUGCAUUCGAUCCCUGAAGGCGACGAGAGUACUGGCAAAGUUGGCCAAUUUCAUUCCAUCUUUGAAUGUUGAUUUGAGUGUAAUGGCUGAUUCGGAAACACGUUUGGCCAGCUCGGAUGGAAUCUCAUCUCCGCAAAUCGAGAUUGAAAAUUUGCACUUUAUGGCCAAUGCAUAUUGCAGUGCAAUGGUAGAAAGCAGCGCAUGA